AUGCUUUUGAAGAUGCUAGUGGAUCAGUUGUGUGGAACAUUUCAAACACUCUCGACAGUUGAUGACGAGAAUAAGAAGACGAGUGCAAGUGACGAUGUGAAUGCGAUAAAGCUGACCGAAUUGGAUGUGAUUGACACCAUCGGAUUGGGUGCGUUUGGCCGUGUGCAGAUGGUGCGGAAUCGUGUGGAUAAUCGAAUAUUCGCGUUGAAGGUGAUGAACAAGAAGCAUAUCGUGCAGACGAGUCAAGAGGAGCACGUCAUCUCCGAGAGGGAC